AUGAUUGCCAAGAAUCUUGUUUUCGCUGUGCUAGCGACUCAUGCUGCUGCUGGGCCUUGUAAGCCUGGUGGGGUUUCGUCCAACACGUUGUCCGCCAGUGCUUCCGAAACAAGCAUCUUGGAUUCAGUGAUCACAACCACUUCUGAACAAGCCACGACUACAACAAAGGCAGCUGCCACUACGACAAGCGCAUCCGUACCCGCUGGAGAGGCUAUUAUCCUCCAGGUCAACCCUCGGCGUCGGCUGUCGAAGCGAGACACAUCGUUCGUGGGUAGCAACAACCCGACCGAAUGCACCUUUGCCUCAGUCUUUCACCUUGACGAGGGAAAGCUUUUAGAGAACGGAGUUCCUAUUUACUUUGCUGGCAAUGGCUUCCAGGAACUUGCUGCUCAUGGCGAACCACCAGCUGAUGCUGUCACGACGACAUUCUCAAUUAGCGGGGGCCGUCUUUCAUGGACGGAUUCGUCGUUUGGCGAGGCUGGGUUCUGUCAGACUGAAUCUGAUGGACAGGUGUACAUCACCUUUGGUUCAGAGCCUACUGGCUGUGAAACUGUUACUCUUAUGGCUUAUAACGAGGAGCAAUGCCAGAACGGACAGAUCAUCGGAGUCGAGACGUCCAGUGCCGAAACAACCACUGUAGCAGAGACGACUGCCUCGUCCGAUGCUGUCCAGCCCACCACUUCUUCCGACGCCUGUUUUGUCGGUAUUGAUGGUUUGAACGGCGAGCCUCCACGGGAGAGCCGUCUAGCUGACUGUUCGAGACUGAACACGGUCACAGUUAGCCCAUACCCCGAAACUUCAACCGUAUUCAAGCGCGAAGUUGCGUUUCGCAUUCCAACAGCCUUCCCGACCUGGCGACCUGCGAUGAACACGCUUGCAGCCCGCGCAGAAGGAGAACCAACUGCCACUACCAUCCAGCCAACUGAGAUCCCUGUCUACGCUACCAACUGCGACUCGCCCGAGGAAUACUACGCGGCUUGCUCUGAGGCCGGGAUCACUGCGUUCACGACUACUCUUCCUACGACGACUACUUCAACAUCGACUACUAUUAGCGACUGUCCUGCGAAGCGACUCGUGAGGAGAGCGGGUGAGCAUAUGGGGUAUGAGUUUGAGGAUAACUGGGAUGCCCAUAUCAUGCCGGGAUACAAGCUGUUUUAG